AUGAAAUUACCUUCUAAAAAUAAAUUACCGGAUUAUUACGACAUAAUAAAAAAACCUUUGGAUAUAAAGAAAAUAUUUAACAGGAUAGAAGAUGGAAAAUAUUCGGAUUUUGACGAUUUGGAAAAGGAUUUUACUCAAAUGUGUAAAAAUGCUCAAAUACACAACGAAGAAGCUUCUCUCAUACACGAAGAUUCGAUCGUCCUUCAAUCCGUGUUUACGAACGCGAGACAAAGAUUGGAACAGGAUGAGGAUAAAGGUGAUGAGAGAAUCGCAUAA